AUGAAGCUCAGCAUUUUCACAAGAAUCUUCAAACUCGAAUACGACGAAGACUCCCUCGAUAUUGCAGCUCACUUGCUGAAGAAGGAGCUCAACAAUCGUGUGCUGGUGUUGAUCAACCCGUUCAGUGGACAAAAACGAGCCGAAAAAUUAUGGGCAGAUCAUGGAGCAAAAGUGCUGCAGGCUGCCGGAAUUCGGUCUGACAUCAUUCUACGAAGUCACGCUCAGCUGAAUGCUUUAGAGUACCCUCGACACGCGACGAAAAUCAUGCUCGAUUUGGACAUUGAUAAGUACGACGCCGUAUUGGUUAUGAGUGGAGAUGGACUCGUGACUGAGAUUAUCUGUGGCCUGCUCAUGAGAAAAGACCGCGAUCGCGCUCUCAAAUUUCCGCUCUGCCACGUUCCCGGUGGAACCAGCAAUGCUCUGGCAGCUGCGAUUUGCUACGCUUGCAACGAGCCGUUCUCUCCUCGCAAUCUCUUCAUACUCGAAUGUUGCCUCAUGGCAACUCGUCCACACUACAUCCCUCUCAGACUCUAUAUUGUCGAUACACAGCACGAUGGCACAAGGUCGAUGUUCAUGAGCGCCACCUGGGGACUUAUCGCUGAUAUC